AUGCGAGAAGAGGUCAGGGCCAUCGAUGACCACUCAGAUAGUCAUGUGGUCUCCAGGGCUGAGAUGAAAGCAAGACAACCUUCCAACACCUGCCCAGUUGUUGUAGCAACGCCAGGACUCAACGGGCGCAAGCGGCUCACGGGAAACCAGGAUCAUGUGACAGCCAUGGACGUAUCUAGCGAAGGAAAACAAGGACCAGACACUGUUCAGAUUUUCACAUCCAAUGGCCCCAAAAGAAUCAAGAGAAGUCCCCAGCAUCGUUCACCUUCCUCGGGCCCGUCUCUCUCUCCUGUCCCUGGUCCCAGUCCAGGAGGUUUGGGGUCCCUGGAAGACUCCCACACCCAAAGAGUCAUUGCCAACAUUCGCGAACGGCAACGAACACAAUCCUUGAACGAAGCCUUCGCCUCUCUCCGCAAAAUCAUCCCAACGCUGCCGUCUGACAAACUAAGCAAAAUCCAGACUCUUAAACUGGCAUCACGGUACAUUGACUUUUUAUAUCAAGUUCUUCAAAAUGACGAAAUGGACAGCAAGCUUACUGGGUGCAACUACCUGGCCCACGAGAGACUUAGCUACGCAUUUUCAGUAUGGCGGAUGGAAGGUGCUUGGUCGUCUAUGUCAGCCGGGCACUAA